AUGAGCUCUGUUGUCUUUUUCAUAGGGAAAUGAGGGGAAAUCAGACAUUCGUCUCGGAGUUCUUGCUACUGGGAUUUCCCAUUGGCCCAAGAACUCAGAUGCUUCUCUUUGGGUUUUUCUCCCUGUUCUACAUCUUCACCCUGCUGGGGAAUGGGGUCAUCCUGGGGCUUGUCUGGCUGGAAUCCAGACUGCACACCCCCAUGUAUUCUUUCCUAUCACACCUGGCCAUUGUCGACAUUGCCUAUGCCUGCAGCACGGUGCCCCAGAUGCUGGUGAACCUCCUGAAUCCAGCCGACCCCAUCUCCUUUACUGGAUGUAUGACUCAGACCUUUCUGUUUUUGAGUUUUGCUCACACUGAAUGUCUCCUCUUGGUGGUGAUGUCCUAUGAUCGGUAUGUGGCCAUUUGUCAACCCCUCCGAUAUUCUGCCAUCAUGACCCGGAGAGUCUGUAUCACUCUGGCGGUGUCCUCAUGGACUUUAGGAGUCUUUUUGUCCCUUGUACAUCUAAUACUACUCAUACCAUUGCCUUUCUGUGGACCUCAUAAAGUUAAUCACUUUUUCUGUGAAAUUAUAGCUGUUCUUAAACUUGCCUGUGCAGAUACCCACAUUAAUGAAAUCAUGGUUUUGGCUGGGGCAGUGUUUGUGCUGGUGGGACCCCUCUCUUCAAUUGUGAUAUCUUACAUUCAUAUUAUAUGUGCCAUCCUAAAGAUCCAAUCACGAGAUGGGCGCCAGAAAACCUUCUCCACCUGCUCCUCCCACCUCUGUGUGGUUGGACUCUUUUAUGGCACAGCCAUUAUCAUGUAUAUUGGGCCCCAAAAUGGGAACCCAAAGGAGCAGAAGAAAUAUCUCCUGCUGUUUCAUAGCCUUUUCAAUCCCAUGCUCAAUCCCCUGAUAUACAGUCUGAGGAACAAAGAAGUCAAAGGAACUCUGAGGAGGAUGCUUAUGAAAUAAUAAA